CAGUCAGCACUCAGCAGUCAGCUGUCUGUUUGAGGUUAUCUCAAUAAGAAGUUAUUCAAUAUUUUCUACGAACGGCAAUAAUACAUUAAUCGUUUUGUAAGAAUCGAAGAAUCCGUGUUAUGAAGGAAUUUUUAUAAAAUGCGAAUUGGUUGGAUUCACAAGUUAGUGAAUAAAUGGCCUGGAAAGAAUACAUUUGGUGUAUAUAGAUUUCUUCCUAUGUUUUUUGUACUUGGUGCAGGUUUGGAAUUUUCUAUGAUUAACUGGAAAGUUGGAGAAGUCAAUUUCUACAAUACAUUUAAGAGGAGUCAAGCUAAAUCAAUAGUCGAAUCUAAGAUUGAAAAAUAUUCUGCACAAUAA